AUGGCCGAGGCGGCGCCCGACCGGGCCCCCGAGAGGGACAAGCAGACCGGGGACAGGCCGUUGACACCCACUCCCUCGCCCCAGCCGGCUGCCGAGAAGAACUCGUACCUCUACUCCACGGAGAUCACACUGUGGACGGUGGUGGCCGCUGUGCAGGCCGUGGAGAAGAAAGUGGAUUCCUGUCUGGCCCGCCUGCUGGCUCUGGAGGGACGGACGGGGACGGCCGAGAAGAAGCUGGCCGACUGCGAGAAGACGACCUUGGAGUUCGGGAACCAGCUGGAGGGCAAGUGGGCCGUGCUGGGGACCCUGCUGCAGGAGUACGGGCUGCUGCAGAGGCGCCUGGAGAACAUGGAGAACCUGCUGCGGAACCGGAACUUCUGGAUCUUACGUCUGCCCCCGGGCAGCAAGGGGGAGGUCCCCAAGGUGCCCGUGACCUUUGAUGACGUGGCCGUGUAUUUCUCCGAGCUGGAGUGGGGCAAGCUGGACGAGUGGCAGAAGGAGCUGUACAAGCACGUGAUGAGGGGCAACUACGAGAUGCUGGUCUCCCUGGAUUAUGCCGUCUCCAAACCGGACAUCCUCGCCCGCAUGGAGAGGGGCGAGGAGCCUUGUCCUGAAGGCCUGUGGGGCCAGGACCAGGGGCAGGAGACAGCGGCAGCUCGCCCGGGGAGGCCGGGCACUGAGCACAUUCCCAGCCCAGUUCGGUCUGACCCAGAGGGGCCCACAGAAGGGCAGCCCCCCGAGCACCAGGGAGACUCGGGGGCAAGAGGCACCCCGCCGGAAGCAAGCACGGGGCCCCCCACCAGCAGCGACAUUCCGUCGUCGGUGAAGCAGGAGGAGACGCCUUCACACGGGGAGCCCCCGGAUCCCCCUCCCAGGGACACCCUGCCCGGCCCAGGGCCAGGCGGUGCUGCUGGUGUGGUCAUCAAGACAGAAGCGCAGUCUGAGGACGAGAUGAUGCCGGAGCAGCUCUUCCUGGGGCAGCCCCCCGGCCAGAUCCAGAGUUCGGUCCCCGAGGGGCCCAACAGCAGGACCGGAAGUCCCCGCCAGCUUCACGCCGAGGCAGUGACGAGGGUGCGGGCAGGGGACCCGCGGCCACGGCCGGCAGGGGCGGCAGGGGAGGCUCCCCGCGUCCUCCCUCGCCGCCGGCGGGAGCGGGCCUUCCCCUGCCCAGACUGCGGGCAGAGCUUCCGCUUGAAGAUCAACCUGACCAUCCACCAGCGGACCCACGUGGAGGGGGAGGCGCGGGAGGCCCGGGGCGGCGCAUCCACUGGCUGGGGCGAGGCCCCCUCUACUCUGGAGCCAGGGGAGGUGGUGGUGCCGGGGCCUGUCAUCCGCUGGCUCCCCGAGGAGCCCGAGGGCCACCGCUCCCUGGCUGGCCGGCCCUUCGCAGGGCGGAGGCCGGCGGCCAGCAAGGUGUACCACUGCAGCGAGUGCCUGCGCUUCUUCCAGCGGCGCAAGAGCCUGCUGCUGCACCAGCGCCUGCACACCGGCAACAGCCAGGGCUGGCCAGCCUGCCCCUACUGCGGCAAGGCCUUCCGCAGGCCCUCGGACCUCUUCCGCCACCAGCGCAUCCACACGGGCGAGCGGCCCUACCAGUGCCCCCAGUGUGGCCGGGCCUUCAACCGGAACCACCACCUGGCCAUCCACAUGCAGACCCACGCCCGUGGCCCACCCAGGCCCCGGCCCCGGCCCAGCCGCCCCGAGGAGGGCUGA